AUGGCUAGUACAAGCUCGUCUUUGGAUUUAAGCGUGCCGGAAAACCUGCCGCCGGCGCUUCGGUCGCAACUUGAAGAGUUAAUUGCGGAUUAUCAAGAAGAAAACCUCACAAGCAAGGGGUACCAGCGCAAGCGCAAACAACUGUUGGAGCGGUAUGCUACUACUACCCAGAAUCCUCUGGUGAACUCUCCUCGAUCAUCUGUGGAUGUAGGUAGGUCGCAUAGGCAUACUAAGUCUAUGGCUUCGAUGUCGAUGGCGGGCCGAUCAAUAGGGAUGGACAACCAGUCGAUUACGUCAUCGACGGCACAUCAUUACAAGGACACUAGUUCGUUCUAUAGGGUGACUACCACUCACUCGCACUCGCUCAUGAAAAGGUCUGCAUCGACGAUGGUUUCGUUGCCCGUCAAGCAUGUGGAUUUGAUUGAGGACGAGAAUGGGGUUAGCGGAUUUGAUCCAAUGGUGCCGUUACUUCCGCGUUUCAACAACCAGGCUUCGAAGGAUUGGGAUUCGAUACCUUCGAUUCUUCGUGGGCGGUUCCAAAUAUAUGGUGCCGAAACAGCAAUGAUCAGAAUCAACGCGAAGGGUAAGGAAACGUCUAUUUCGUGGGAGAAAUUAUACUUGAGGGCGGAAAAAAUAGCCCAUGAGCUCCAAGCGGGUAAGUAUAAGCUAUACAAAAUGGACAAGGUUUUGCUCUGGUACGAUCCAGAUGAGUCUAUUGAGUUCACAGUGUGCUUGUUGGGAUGUUUCAUCGCAGGGAUGAUCGCAGUACCUGUGUCGUUUUCGACGUACUCAUUGAACGAGAUUAUCCAGAUCAUCAAAUCGACGAAUUCCAAGUUCAUAUUGAUCUCAGAACAAUGUUAUGCAAGUUUAGAUGAUCUGUACGCAGACGAGAACACGAAGUUGAAAUUGAUCAAGAGCGAGUUCUUCUCCAAAAUCACUUUUUUGAAGACAGAUGACUUGGGAACGUACUCCAAGGCAAAGAAGAAGGCACCAACGUUUGAUAUUCCAAAUGUAUCAUACAUAGAGUUCACAAGAACGCCCUUAGGAAAAUUGUCUGGGGUUAUCAUGAAGCAUCAAGUUUUGGCUGGUCAGUUUGACAACAUGGCAAGUAUCUUGGACUCCCGGGAGUCCACUUCAAAGAAGAGUUCCAAAAUUAUCAGAAAUUUCCGCCAGAAGAAAUCUUUAUCAAAACACAUCAUCCUAAACAGUUUAGACCCAACAAGAUCUACCGGGUUAGUAUUUGGUGUCCUUUUCAACAUAUUCACAGGGAACGUGUUGAUUAACGUCGACAGAGACCUUCUGAAAGCCCCAGGCUUUUACGAAAGUUUAAUCAGCAAGCACAAGGUAAACAUUUUACUUAAUGACCAACUUCAAUUGAAACAAGUGGUAAUCAAUUACUUGGAGAAUCCAGAAUCUGCAACCUCAAAGAAGUCAAAAAUAGACUUUACUCAUAUUAAACAUUGCUUGACGUCAUGUACAACAAUUGAUACCGAUGUUACCGAUAUGGUAGUUCAUAAGUGGUUAAAGAACUUAGGUUGUAUGGACGCUUCCCAAUGUUAUACUCCUUUGCUCACCAUGCUCGACUUUGGUGGCAUAUUCAUCUCUACCAGAGAUCAGUUAGGAAAUCUGCAGAAUUUCCCGUUACAUGAUGGUAAACUAAAGCUGCAGGACGAACUUUUCGUGGACAAGGAAAAGCUAAAACUGAACAUUGUGAGACCUAGUAUUCUCGCUAUGAUGAACUCAAUCAGUUCGAAAAAGGACUUUUUACGUGUUGCGUCAUUUGGGUUCCCGCUCCCGGACUCUACUAUAUGUGUCGUUAACCCGGAUACUCAGACACUUGUCCCAGAUUUAACCGUAGGGGAACUAUGGAUCAGCUCUCCAAGUAUGACUGAUGAAUUCUACCAAAUGGAUAGAAUCAAUGAUUUCGUAUUCCAGGCUAGAAUCAAUUACAAAAGAAUGUUUGCGGAGAUCAACGAAGAGUUCAAGGAUCCUAAACAAUACACAGAAAAGCUUAAUAUGAUUAUGAGCAUGUGCCCUUCUGAAACAACUUUUACAAGAACAAAACUGAUGGGAUUCAUUCACAAUGGUAAAAUAUUCAUUCUCUCGUUGAUAGAAGAUAUGUUUUUGCAAAAUCAACUCAUCAGGCUACCAAAUUGGUCUCACACAAGUGAUAUAUCCAGGUCUAAAGGCAACAAGAUUAUCCAAAACUUGCGCACAAACUCUAAAGACACAACAUCAGACCUUCAGCCAAAUAGAAUCGUCCAAUCAUUUUACCUACAACAUAUUACCGAGAACAUUGUGCGGACAGUAGAUACAGUUUCGGAAGUAGCUGCCUUUGAACUACCACAUAAUCGACAGGAACACUUUUUAGUUGUAGUGGUUGAAAGCUCGGCAGCAAAUAAUGCAGCAUUAAACCCUGGGGCAUUUAAUACCUCUCCACAAAAGUACCGGUCGGUCGAAAAGACAAUGAAUACUCUCACAGAACAAAUAUACAAGAUGUUAUGGAUAUUCCAUAAAAUCCAACCGUUUUGCGUAAUGAUUGUGCUACCUGGCUCUUUACCCAGAAGAUACUGUUCUUUAGAAAUUGCAAAUAGCACAGUAGAAAAACAAUUUCUGGAUGGUAAGUUGAGAAGUAAAUUCGUUAAAUUCCAGUUGGACAAUGUGAUUUUAGACUUUGUCCCACAUUCCUCUUAUUAUAACGAAAGUAUCUUCUCUGAACAUCUAUCAAAUCUAAGACACCAAAGCAUAGGUGACAAUAUUGAACUAAAUUAUGGACUAUCGCCUCGGGAAACCUGGCAAACAUCUGGUAUCGAUUAUAGACAUUCUUCCACGGAUAGCAGAACUCGGAAAGAUUUUAGUACUUUUAAAUCAAUUAUUGAAAUAUUGCAAUUCAGAAUCAAGCAGCAACCCAAUGAUUUCGCAUUCAGUAAUGGAGGAGGGUCAUCUACCAAUAGUACCAAUAUUAACUAUUCGUGGAAAGCUUUUGACCGCAUUCUUGCUGCUUAUGCAAAAAAGAUUGUCGAGUCUAAAACACCAUUGAAGAAAGGCGACCGUGUAAUCAUUCUUUGUCAAAAUUCUGUGGAAUACGUGGCUAUUGUUAUGAUAUGUUUCAUUUGCAGUCUCGUAGUUAUUCCUUUACCUCCGCUCCUUGAAUCACAUGCUGAACAAGAAAUUGACUUUUUGCUAAAUGUUAUCGAGUGUUAUAAUGUGAAGAGAAUUUUCAUUGAUAGUAAGGCACAUAACAGCUUCGAACAGAAUUCAAAACUAUCGCAAGCACUAAAACACUCAAAGCAUAGCCUACCGAAAAUGACAAAUACUAGCAAAAUAAAGGUGAAGUCAAGUAUGAACCUAUCUCAGUUUUGGCCAUUAAUAAAAAGCAAAUUUGGUGAACCAGGUGCCAAACCGCAAGAUCCGUGCUUAAUUUGGAUCAACAGGGACCGUGAUGCAUUUAAGGAUAUUCAUAUUGUGAUGAAUCAUAAUCUCUUAUUGAAUCAAUGUAAGGUACUAAAAGAAACUCUACGAUUAAAUCCCUUGAAUAGAAUCUUUUCAGUGGUCAAUUACCAUUAUGGAUUAGGAUUCGUUCAAACCUGCAUUCUUGGGAUAUAUACAGGUGCCACUACAAGCUUCUUUAACUCCUCAGAUAUUCUGCUGGAUCCUAAGGAUUUCCUAUUAGGUCUUCAAAAUUUGAGUGUCAAAGAUUUAUACCUGACUCCUGAGCUUUUGUACCUUGUCAUGGAUAAAGCAGCAGAACUGUUGGCAUCGCAGUCCAACCUGACUGCAGCUGUGAAGAAGAAGGAAAUUUCUCUAAGAAAUGGAUCUACAAUAUCGCCUGGAUUCAUGGCUAGUAUCCAAAACAUAAUGGUACCAUUCUAUGGGCGCCCUAAAUUCAUGGCUAUCGAGGCAUUGGUGACAAAAUAUCCAUUCCUGGGUGUAUCGACAUCACAAUUAAGUUAUGUUUAUGAACAUCACUUUAAUCCAUUCAUAUCGAUGCGCUCGUAUCUAGGAAUUCCUCCUACUGAUAUAUACCUUGAACCGGUCUCCUUGAGAGAGGGUAUAAUUAAUGAAGUUGAUCCAACAACUAUCCCUGCUUCUGAGUUAGAAGCGUUCAUUCAUGUCCAGGAUUCUGGUAUUGUUCCUGUCUGUACAGAUGUUUCAAUCAUCAAUCCUGAAACUCAAGAACCAUGCUAUGAAAAUGAAAUUGGUGAAAUCUGGUGCUGCUCCGAAGCUACAGUUUUUGAUCAUUAUAUUCCAUUGACAAGCUCUCAAUUUUCAUUAAAGCCAAACGGCAGCAAUAGAACUAAACCUAAAUCUCGUAAGAUAAAGCGUGAUCCAUUCAUAGCAGAACAAUUUAAAGCAAAGAUCAACAACAGCGUGGACAACGGUCUAACAUACCUAAGAACUGGUGACUUAGGUUUUAUUAAAACAGUAUCUAGAAUUGAUUCUCAGGGAAACAACAUUACACUCUCAUUACUUUAUGUUUUGGGUAGUAUAAGCGAGACUAUCGAGGUCCUUGGUCUAACACACUUUGUUACUGAUUUAGAAACCACGGUAAGGCGUUGUCAUAUUUCCAUUAACAACUGUAUGAUUGUCAAGACAGGUGGGCUAAUAACAUGCCUAAUAGAAUGCAACAAUAAAAUGAAAACCGAAUACUCAAAUCUCACACCCCUAAUUGUGAGUACUCUUCUAAAGAAUCAUGGAAUUGUAGUAGAUAUGUGCACAUUUAUCAAACCGGGAUCGUUGAACUACAUGUACCGUGAUUGGUCCAAGAACAGAAAACAAAUUUUAACAGAUUGGUUGAGUAAGAAGAUGACCAUUGAUUCACAAUUCUGUGUAAGCUUUGGUGAGAAUAACUCUAUUUAUUUGUUGUCAGAUUUUGAAAAGAAUCAAGAGGGAUUGUAA